AUGACUGCCCAUCACACCGCUGAGCCUAUCGCCGUCGUCGGGAGCGGGAUGCGAUUCCCCGGCUCUUCGAGUAGCCGGUCCAAGCUCUGGGAGCUUCUGCUCAAGCCUCGCGAUCUGCUCAAGAGAAUCCCGGAAGAACGCUUCAACAUCGACAAUUUCUACCAUCCGGAACCCACCCAUCACUCAACCACACAUGUCCAGGAGUCGUAUUUCCUCGAUGAGGACCACCGCCACUUCGAUGCGGGCUUCUUCAAUAUCAAGCCUGUCGAGGUGGCUGCCAUCGACCCCCAGCAGCGUUUGCUGAUGGAGGUGGUCUACGAAUCUCUUGAGUCGGCGGGAAUCCCGCUCGAAUCUCUAGUGGGUUCUCGCACAGGAGUCUACGUCGGCCUCAUGUGUGCGGACUACUUUGAGCAUCUGCAUAAUGAUAUCGAUACUCUGCCAACCUAUGUUCCGACGGGAACCGCCCGGAGCAUCAUGUCAAACCGCAUUUCUUAUUUCUUUGACUGGCAUGGUCCCUGCAUGACCAUCGAUACUGCGUGCUCCUCCAGCCUAGUGGCUGUUCACCAGGCAGUCCAGCUGCUGAGAAGCGGCGACUCGGACAUGGCUGUCGCAGCAGGAGCCAACAUGAUCUUGGGGCCCGGGCAGUACAUUGCCGAGAGCUCGCUGCACAUGUUGUCAGCCGACAGUCGGUCCCGCAUGUGGGAUGCUGACGGCACCGGAUAUGCACGCGGUGAGGGAGUAGCCGCAGUUGUGUUGAAGCGCCUCAGCACUGCCAUCGCUGAUGGAGACAAGAUUGAGUGUAUCAUCCGAGAGACUGGUGUCAACCAGGAUGGUCGGACCAAGGGCAUCACCAUGCCGAAUGCUUCUGCGCAAAUCGAUCUUAUCGAGCAGACGUACGCAAAGGCCGGGCUGGACCCCAGAGACCCCUCUCAGCGCUGUCAGUAUUUUGAAGCGCACGGAACCGGAACUGCGGCAGGUGAUCCCAAAGAGGCCGAGGCUAUCAGCAAGGCCUUCUUCCGACCUGACAAUACCUCCCAUAACGGCGAUCCGCUCUAUGUUGGCUCCAUCAAGACCGUGGUUGGUCAUACUGAGGGCACAGCGGGACUGGCCGGUCUUCUCAAGGCCUCACUUGCAGUUCAACAUGGAGUUAUACCGCCCAACCUGCUUUUCAACAAGCUUCACCCCGAUAUAGAGCCAUUCUACACCAAUCUGGAGAUAGCAACAAGCCCCAAGCCAUGGCCAGCGAUCGCAGAUGGAGCUCCGCGCCGUGCCAGCGUUAAUAGCUUUGGCUUUGGCGGCACGAACUCGCACUGCAUCAUCGAGAACUUUGUGCCACCCUCUACUGGGGUUCCUUCUCCGGACAUCAACGCUCUUGCUCUUUCCGUUCCGCAGUUCGCGCCGUUCAACUUUUCAGCUGCUUCUGGAACUGCACUGAGAGGUGUCUUGUCUGGCUACUCGGAGUACCUUCAGUCUCAUCCCAAUACUGACCUCGGUGAUCUUGCCUACACGCUGCAUGCUCGGAGAUCUCACCACGCAGUUCGAGCCAGCAUGUCAGCAAGGUCGAUCUCGGACCUUCAGGCCAAGAUUGACGAGCUCCUAGCCGCACCUUUAGAGGGCAAUGGUGCCUCCAAUUUCGGUACCCGUUCAAAGGCGCUGUCACGCCCAAUCCGCGUCCUGGGUGUAUUCACUGGCCAGGGCGCACAGUGGCCCACUAUGGGGAGGGAGUUGCUAAAGAGCCCGUAUGUGAGAAAGCUAGUCGAAGACCUAGACCGGGAGCUCCAGAGCCUUCCUUUGCCGGAACGGCCUAGUUGGACACUUGUGGGACAGCUUACCUGCGAUGCUUCCGAGUCUCGCGUCGCCGAAGCUGCGUAUGCCCAGCCUCUGUCUACCGCGAUUCAGAUCAUCCUAUACGACCUCCUCCACAGCGCAGGUGUCACUUUCCAGGCCAUCGUCGGCCACUCGUCCGGUGAGGUUGCGGUAGCUUACGCUAAAGGCUAUAUCACCCGUGUUGAGGCAAUCAAGAUCGCGUACUACCGGGGUUACUAUUCAACCAUCUGCACGUCCGAUAAGCCAGGAGCCAUGAUGGCCGCUGGCGCAUCUGCAGAGGACGCGAAUGAGCUCUGCAACUUGCCCAUGUUUGAGGGUCGUACCUUGUGUGUCGCCGCGUACAACUCACCCGCCGGCGUGACGCUUUCGGGUGACAGCGACGCCAUCGAGCAGGCGAGGGAGAUUCUUCAAGACGAGGGGAAGUUUGCAAGGAUCGUGAAAGUUGACAAAGCCUAUCACUCGCCGCACAUGAAGAAAGUGGCUCCCGGAUUUCUCGAGGCUCUCAGGGGUUGCAAAAUUCAGCCUCGGCACGCGACGACAGCAGAUUUCCCGUGGUUCUCCAGCACCUACAAGGACACGGAGAUGCGCGGCGACAUGCAAGGUGAUCGCGAUCUCUCCGGGCCGUACUGGGUCAACAACUUGCUCCGGCCAGUGCUUUUUGCUCAAGCUGUCCAGACUGCCGCUUCUGCACAAGGCCCAUUCGACUUCGCUAUCGAGGUUGGUCCCCAUGCAGCACUGAAAGGACCGGCCCAAGCGACCCUUCGCGAGAGUGGCGAUGCCGCGGAAGCGGUGCCAUAUGCGGGCCUGUUGCAUCGUGGAAAAGAUGAUAUCGACGCCUUCUGUGAUGCUCUUGGCGCCCUCUGGUCCCGGUUUUCUCCCUCGCCAGUUGACUUCCGGACUGUGGACUCCACUGCAUCUGGCACGCAUAGCCGGAGCCUCUUGAAAGACCUCCCCACGUACCACUGGGACCAUGAUCGGUUCUACUGGCACGAGUCUCGCUCGUCCAGAACUCAAGCUAGAGCCAAGAAUCCCCCGCAUCCACUGCUCGGGGUGCGAACGCCAGACAACUCGGAGGAUGAGCUCCGCUGGAGGAACCUACUCAAGCUGAGCGAGAUGCCAUGGGUCCGGGGUCACCAACUUCAGGGGCAAGCCAUCUAUCCGGCAACAGCCUACAUCGCUACCGCAGUAGAAGCUGCCAGAUUCAUGGCACCCGACAAGAACAUUGCCCUGAUUGAGAUCCAGGAUUUCAGCCUCGGCAAACCCCUCGUCUUUGGAGAGAACGAUACUGGCAUUGAAACCGUCUUCACGCUGCAUGGCAUAACCAAGGAAGAAGGUGACAACAGCUACAUCGCCUCCUUUUCCUAUCACGCAUCGUCCAAUGUUGAGACGGAACUAUUGUCUGCCCAUGCGACCGGUAGAGUCCGAGUCACGACGGGCGAAACGCAUGCGCACUGGCUACCGUCCCGGAAAGGCGAGCCCCCAAACCUCACCAGUGUCCCAGAGGAUCAGUUCUACUCCUUCCUGGAACCCCUUGGCUAUAGCUAUACCGGUCACUUCCGAGCGCUCUCUUCGAUCCAGAGAAAGCUCGACUACUCGUCUUCCGUCAUUGCGGUACCUUCACAAGACGACGAGCCGACGCCGAUGCUACUCCACCCCGCCAUGCUGGACACGGCGCUGCAGGGCAUAUUCUUGGCCUACUGCUUCCCAGGCGAUGGCAGCUUCGACCAGCUACACGUCCCCACCGGAAUCAAGAGCUUCCGCGUCAAUGUCGGGCUCUGCGAGAAACAUCUCGGACCGAACAGCAGCAGCGUGACGUCCUGCGCGCACCUGACGGAUAACCCUGUCACCACGAGGCGACUCCGCGGCGAUGCCGACAUCUACACUCACGAGGGAGCCGGUCUGGUUCAGAUGGAGGGCAUCCAGGUCGUCGCCUUUGCCGAGCCCACGGCGGAUGCAGACAAGAAGAUGUUUACCGAGUACAAGUGGGCUCCUCUCAACCCGAACUGCGAUCUAGCCAUGGGUGGCUACCGAGCCACCGCAGAGGACUACGAGUUCGCCGAGGCUCUUGAGAGGGUCAGUCUCUAUUAUAUGCAGCGCAUCACCUCUCUCUUCCCAGAGAGCGUCCGACGGACCAUGAACCUCGAGUGGCACUUUGAGUGUGCCUUUGCAUUCUACGAAGACGUCAUUGCCACCACCAGGGCUGGUACGAGACAAUUCGCCCAGAGCAAGUGGGCGGAUGACACCGAGGCUGACAUCGCAGCUCUAAAGGCCAGAUGGGGACACAGGACAGAGUUGAAGCUCGCCUGCGUCGUAGGCGAGAAUCUGCCGGCUGUUCUGAGAGGCGAGGCCACGAUUCUCGAGCACAUGACCAAGGACGGUCUGCUAGAUCGCUUCUACGAAGUCGCCAUGGGCAUCCGAGAGCUUACCAGCGCCCUCGGCCGGACCGUGAAACAGCUCGUGCAUCGGCAUCCCCGCAUGAAGAUUCUCGAGAUCGGCGCUGGCACUGGCGGAGCCACCAAAGCCAUCAUGAGCGAGAUCGGCCGCUCGUUCGCCUCGUACACAUUCACCGACAUCUCUACCGGCUUCUUCGAGACCGCCCAGGAGGUCUUCGACGAACUUGGCAGCAAGAUGGUCUUCAAGUUGCUGGACUGUGAGAAGGACAUCGUGGCUCAGGGAUACGAAGAACACUCGUACGACCUGGUGGUCGCUUCGCUGGUCCUCCACGCCACUGCAGACCUCCGUCGGACCCUGAGCAAUGCACGCAGGCUCCUGAAGCCAGGCGGCUACCUGGUCUUCUUGGAAAUUCCCAACAACGAAGUGACCCGUGCCGGAUUCGUGUUCUCUGCCACACCCGGCUGGUGGCUCGGCCAGGCUGAAGGGAGGAAGCUGUCGCCAUGCGUGUCCCCGCUCGAGUGGCACCGGCUGCUCCUCGACAGCGGCUUCUCUGGCGUCGACACGGCCACGCCUGAGGAUGACGUCUUCCCAUUUACACUUACUGUCAUGGUCUCUCAGGCUGUUGACGACCGUGUCUCGUUGCUCCGAGAACCGCUCUCUUCAUUCCGCACCCCUCAGGUGGACAGCGAGGUGGACUGGGACCUGGUGAUCAUCGGUGGGCAGACUCUGGGAACGAGCCAACUCAUCGACCAGAUCGUUCGACUAGUGCAGCCUUUCGGCGUGAAGAAUACCGUCUUCAGGACGCUCGGAGAUAUGGUGGGCUCUGCCAUGACGUCGCCCAACAGCGCGAUCCUGUGCCUGACGGAACUGGAUGAGCCCGUCUUCCGCGCGCUGUCAGAACGGACACUCAAGGGAAUGCAGCGGCUAUUCGAGACGCAGGGCGCGAUCCUCUGGGCCACGCAGGGAGGCAGGUCUGAGGAACCGUACAUGAAUAUGUCGGUCGGCCUCAUCCGGACGGUAAUGCUGGAGAACCCAGACCUGGUGGUACAAGUCCUUGAUCUAGAUACCCGCGCGAAGCCCGACCCGCGACUUCUUCUGGAGUCACUUCUUCGCCUGCGCUACGCCGCUACUUGGGAGAAGGAUGGUAUCAUCGACAAGAUGUUGUGGACACAGGAGCAGGAGCUAGCCCUCGAGAAUGGGGAGCUUAUGGUUUCUCGUGUCUACCAUGAUACUCCCGCCAACGACCGGUACAACGCAUCCAAGCGAACCAUACACAAGGCCACCGACCCGCAGACUGUCCCAGUCAUUCUCUCGCCCAAUUCCUCCAAGCCGAUUCUCCUUCAUGAUAACUUGCUUCAGGAUAGGAUCACCAGGUUGAGUACUCAAGCCACGGACGAAGACUCGUCAUAUGUGCUCAUCAAGGUCGAACACUCGCUCUUGGUACCAGUGCUUGCAAUGCCUCUCCAGCCAACCUACCUAGUCCUAGGCACGAGCAUGGCAACAGCCAAGUCCGUGUUCGCUAUUGCCCCCAACAACGCCUCGCAUGCGUGGAUUCCAAGAGAGGAUGCGAUCGAAGUCCAAGUGCCAGCGGGUAGCGAGCCCCAGUUCCUGUCUCGGCUGGACAAUCUGCUGCGUGUCGAGAAUGUGCUGUCGGUCUGCCGGAGAGACUCGACACUGCUCAUUCAUGAGCCGUCUCCGGAGCUGGCGUCUGGCAUUGUCACGGCUGCGUCUCUCUUUAAUGUGGCCGUAUUCUUCACCACUUCAUCUGCUCCAGCCACGGAUGGCCCAUGGAUUACAUUGGACUCCUACGCUCAAAGCAGAGAGAUCCGGUCUUUGCUUCCCCUGGAAGUCGCGGUAUUCAUCGACGCUUCUAAGCAUGCCCACGAGAAGCGACUGGGAGCAUUGAUCGCCUCCUCUUUGCCCGGCUCGUGCCUUCGGACGACAAUCGCGGGAAUACAGGCGCUGCAGCACGCUCGGGGCUUCAACAUCGCCGAUCUACGCCCGAUGCUUAACAGCGCGGUGCAGAGGGCAUUGAAUAUCAUGGCCCUUUCCAGGGAUUCGGACCCCAAGCUGCCGACCAUCACACUGGACCAGCUCCUCGGUGGAGCCGACGUCGAUGCAACCACACCGGCGAUCUUGAACUGGAGCAGCGCCUCUACGGCAAGAGUUCCGGUAGAGAUCUCCACCGUCGAGAGCCUCGUCCGCUUCCAGAACGACAAGACAUAUGUCAUGUUUGGGCUUACAAGCGACUUGGCGCAGUCCACCUGCAACUGGAUGGCGACGAACGGCGCGCGAAACAUCGUGCUUACGAGCCGGAACCCAAAGGUCGACCCGAGGUGGUUAGAACACAUGACACAGGCUGGAGUGAGAGUGGAAGUCUUUGCAAGUGAUAUCACCGACAAGGCCGCUCUUUCUGGCCUCGUGGACCACAUUCGCCAGAACUUCCCGCCCAUUGCGGGUAUCGCCCACGGCGCCAUGGUCCUCGACGACGUCGCGUUUUCCGAGAUGCCGCUCGAGAAGAUGACCAAAGUCUUGAGGCCCAAGGUCAACGGAGCUAUUUACCUGGACGAGAUCUUCCGUGCAGGCCCAGAGACGUUGGACUUCUUUGUCUUCUUCGGCUCGGCUGCGACAAUCGCCGGCAACAGAGGACAGGCCGCGUACAGCGCCGCCAACUCGUUCAUGACGGCGCUGGCAAGCAAGCGGCGUAGCCAGGGGUUGGCCGCGUCGAUUCUUCACAUUGGCGCCGUCAUGGGUGUGGGAUACGUCAACCGCAACAAGAUGUUCUUGGAGGCUGUUCACGAUGUCCUCCGCAAGGCUGGUUUCCUGGCGUACUCCGAGAGAGAGUUCCACCUUUGCUUUGGCGAGGCAAUUCUGGCAUCCCAUCCGCUCUCUGGGCGGAAUCCUGAGGUCAUGACCGCGCUGAAGACGUAUGGGCUGGAAGAUGUCAUAAUCCGUUGGCCACAGUUCCCCCGGUUCCAGCACUGUAUCCAGAGCGAUUCAGAAGGUGACAGGAAACCGACCAAGAAAGCGGCCGACGCGUCUGUGAAGAUAAGACUGGCUGAGGCCACCUCGGAGGAAGAGAUCCACGAGAUUGUGCAAGACGGCUUUGUCCGCAAGCUGCGAGCCAUGCUUCAUAUUCCGGACGAGAAGGAGGCGUCGCAGAUUCUUGGAUCGACGAUCGACGAUCUCGGCGUCGACUCCUUGGUCGCUGUGGACAUUCGCUCCUGGUUCCUGAAAGAGCUCGAGAUCGAAAUCCCCGUAUUCAAGAUCCUGUCCGGUGGCGUGGUCCGAGAACUACUCGAGCACGCUGUGGCAAGCAUGCCCACCCGCGAGAUAUUUGACCAAAACAGUUCCCAGCCAAAACCCGAAGCAGAGAAGCCCAAGUCAACCCUGCUUGCAGCUCCUGAUGUCGCUCCGUCGUUGGGAACCCCACAGCCCAGCGCGGAUUCGUCUACGCCAAGUCACUCAGACGACGAUCAAGAUAAGCAGGAGGCUUCGUCGGCCACCUCUACUUCCGUGGCAGACUCCAGCGAGAUUUCCAAACCAAGCUGUGACAAGAUUCUGCCGAUAUCCCCGGGUCAGUCGCGUUUCUGGUUCCAGAAGUACCUGAUGCAGGACCAGACAACGGCAAACAGCACCAUAUGUCUACAGAUCAACGGUACCGUCCGGCUCGGCAGUCUUGAGAGUGCUGUACAGAAAGUUGGGGAGCGCCACGAGUCUUUCCGGACCUCGUUCUUCGUGGACGAAAACCAAAAGGCUGUGCAGGCCAUCUCGGGAACGUCUCGUCUGCGCCUUGAAACGGUCCGUCAUGCGGACGAGUCGCGCGUGGCACUUGAGUUUGAAAACCUCAAGAACCACGUCUUUGAUAUCGAGCAUGGUGACUGCAUGCGCAUCAUCCACCUCAGCCUGACGCCGACUAAGAGUUAUCUCCUUGUCGGAGCCCAUCACAUCAUUGUCGAUGGCAUCAGUCUGGAGAUCCUCCUAGACGAUCUGGAGAAAGCCUAUAACGGCCAAAAUCUUGCUGCUGAGCCGGCAUACCAGUACUCGACCUAUUCUGAGAAGGUGCGCAAUGAAUUGGCAUCGGGCGCCAUGCAGCGGGAGAUAGAGUACUGGCGCACGGAAUUCGCAGAUACGCCAUCACCUCUCCCUCUGCUCCCCUUCUCAGCGGCAAGGAAACGCACCCCUCUCACGGCGCAUGCGCACAAUUCUGUGAGCCGGACCAUCGGCGCUCAGCUUGAGAGGCAGGUCCAGAAGGCGUGUCGCGAGCGGAAGGCGAACCCAUUCCACUUCCAUCUGGGCGUACUCGAGGUGCUCCUUUUCAAGCUCUUCGGCAAUAGCGAUGUCUGCAUCGGCAUGGCUGACGCCAGCCGCUGGGACGACCGAGUCUCCAGAAGCAUUGGCAUGUAUCUGAACCUGCUCCCGCUCAGGUUCCGUCUGGAAAACCAGCAAUCGUUCGACGACGUGCUAAAGCACACACGAAAGAAGGCAUAUCUUGCAAUGUCCAACUCGAGGCUGCCGUUUGAUACCCUGCUCGAGAACGUGAGCUGCGAGAGGUCGACGGCCAUCAGUCCCCUUUUCCAGGCAUUCAUCAACUACCGCCAAGGCGUCAGCGAGAAGCGGCGGUUUGAUAAUGCCGAAUUGGAAGUCAAGGAGAUGGACCUUCCGAAAUCUGGCUAUGAUAUUUCCCUGGAUAUCAUCGAGAAUCCCGGCGGCGAAACUCGCGUCACCUUCAUUGUGCAGCAGAGUCUGUACUCUAACAGCGAUGCCUCUAGGUUGAUGGACAUGUACUUCACCCUGCUGAACGACCUGUCUCGGUCUUGCCAGCAGCCGCUCCAGCAGGUGUCGUUGUUCUCAAGCCAGGAUGUCAGCAAUGCAAUUCAGCUUGGGAAGGGACUAUUAUAUGGUGAAGUAUUCACUGUGCUCACUCCGUUCGUUACAGGUCCCAUAAUGCCUUCAAAAUGGCCGGAGACUCUAGUGCACCGUGUCAACGAGAUUAUCGCCAAGCACCCGAAGGAAAUCGCUCUGAAAGACUGUAACGGCAAAUCAUGGACAUACCAACAGCUCGACACACAGGUCGAGAAGGUCUCGUCCGCCCUCAUCGGGACGAUCGCGAAGCCAGGAUCUGUCGUGGCCAUCUUCCAGGAGCCAUCUCUCUAUUUUGUGGCUUCCCUGCUUGCCAUCCUACGUGUCGGCGCUGUCGCCGCGCCCCUCGACUGCAAUAUCCCACCAGCGAGGCUCCGCGCCAUGAUCGAAGAGUCAAGGUGCUCUACGAUACUUGUCAACACCACGACAGCCGCUCAUACAGGUGAUCUGGGGCUCUCAUCUUCUGUCGCCGUUCUGGAUGUUCUCCAAGUCCAGGACAAAACGCCAGUCCGCCGUCCUAUUUCCGCCCGAGCCGGCGAUCCGGCGAUCAUUCUCUUUACCAGUGGUACCUCUGGAACACCAAAGGGCGUGAUCUUAUCUCACGGCAGCCUUCGCAAUCACGUAGAGGCAUUGGUGCACACGCAUGGAUUUGGAUGCGAGACGGUCUUGCAGCAGAGUUCGGUGGGCUUCGACAUGUCACUGAACCAGACCUUCAUGGCUCUGGCCAAUGGGGGCUCUCUCGUCAUCGUUCCCGAGGCUCUCCGCAAAGACCCAGUUGCGGUGGCCAAGAUGGUUCAGGAAGAGAACAUCACAUACACCAGCGCAACCCCAUCUGAGUAUCUCGCCUGGCUCCGACACGGCACAACCAGCCUCUUCCAGAGCACCCAUUGGAAAUAUGCCACAGCCGGCGGUGAGAAGUUCCCAACUGAGCUGCUUCAGGGCUUCCGUCAGCUCUGCGACCGUUUCGGACGUGAGUUUCACUUCAUCAACGCCUAUGGUCCAACCGAGUGUACAUUGUCUUCGAGUGAGCUGGAUCUUAGCCCAGGCAACCAUCGCGAGGACCCGCACAUCCCGGCUGGCAAGACCCUCCCGAACUACGGUGUCUACAUCAUGGACCAAGAUCUCAGCGUCUUGCCUGUCGGGUGGUCCGGGGAAGUCUGCAUUGCGGGCGCAGGUGUGGCUGUGGACUAUAUCAACAAUGCCGAGGAGUCGCGAAAGAAAUUCCUGACGGACCCUCUGCCGUCGUCAUUGGCUAUUCAGAACGGAUGGACCAGAAUGUACCGAACUGGAGAUAAGGGCGUCCUCCGUCCGGACGGCACUUUGGAGAUUAUCGGCCGCAUCGAAGGUGACACGCAGAUCAAGCUCAGAGGUCUGCGCAUCGAACUUCAGGAUGUCGAGCAGUCCAUCCUAGACGCAGCCAAGGGACGGGUCAAGAUGGCGGUGGUCGCUCCUCGUGGAGAUCCGGCUCUCCUUAUUGCGCAUGCGGUGCUGUCGCCCUCCGACGCCUCGGCAGAAGACGAGUCCAGUUUUCUUCGCCAGCUCGCUGCCUCGCUUCCCCUGCCGCAGUAUAUGCGCCCCGCGGCCAUCAUUCCCAUCUCCUCCAUGCCACUGAAUGCAUCCGGUAAGAUUGACAGGAGAGCUCUGCAGAAACUUGCGGCUCCAAUCAUGGCGCGUGGAUCAGAGUCGGCAGGCGAGGAGCUGACAGAGAUGGAAUCCCAACUGGCUCAGGUCUGGCGGGAUACGCUGCCUCGACAGAUGCAGGAACUGCAUCGCAUCGACGCCGCCUCGGACUUCUUCCAUGUCGGUGGCAAUUCUAUGCUGCUCAUUGAGCUACGACAGCUCAUCAACGAGAGAUUCCAAGCCAGUCUCCCACUGAUAAAGCUGUUUGAGAACAGCACUCUGGGUGGCAUGGCAGCAAUGAUCCAGGACCUCUCGUCAGGUACCGAUGCUGCGAUCGACUGGGAGGCUGAAACAGCGAUCCCAGAUGACCUUCUCCAAGCCCGUACAGCGCAGUUACCGGUAGUGGCGGUGCAAAACCACACAUCUCCCAAAACCGUGGUAAUCAGUGGCGCAACAGGCCUCCUGGGGAGCUCCCUUCUCCGAAUGCUAGUCGAAUCCCCCGACGUCGGGAAGGUCCACUGCAUCGCCAUACGCGACACCAGCAAACUGGCAGAGUUUGGGAGCUCCCCCAAGGUUGUCCUGCACAAAGGAGACCUUUCUCUCCCCCGGUGUGGACUGUCUGAAGCCGAGAUGGAGGCGAUCUCCUGCUCGGCAGAUGCCAUCAUCCACAACGGCGCCGACGUCUCCUUCCUCAAGACUUACCGCUCCCUCAAGGCUCCCAACCUCUCAUCUACCAAAGAGCUCGUGCGGCUCGCGUGCGUCCGCCGCAUUCCGUUCCACUUCGUGUCGACCGCCACGGCGGGCAAGUUCAACAAGUCGGACACGCUGGCGCCAGAGUCGCUCGCGCGCUUCCCACCCGACCAAGGCGGAGCCGGGCUCGCUGAUGGCUACGCCGCGUCCAAGUGGGCCAGCGAGCUGUUCCUGGAGAAGGCGAGCCGGGAGCUCGGCUUGCCCGUCUUUAUUCACCGGCCGUCGGCAAUCAUGGGCGCGGAGGCGGGCGACGACAUCCUUUCCAACGUCCUGGAGUAUGGGUCCUUGACCAAAUCUCUUCCUGACUCGGGCCGCUGGAACGGCUACGUGGAUCUCGUGUCUCUCGAGAACGCUGCCGGAGGUGUUAGUCGUUCGGUUCUAUCACCGGGAGUUACCGACGCCCGAGUCGAGUACCUGCACCAUGCGGGCGACCAGGUCAUCCCCGUGCAGAGCAUCCGGGACUUGCUGAACAGCGAGGGCGGUAUCGACCUGGAGUCACUGCCCAUGCCUCAAUGGGUGGACGGUGCCGUGCGGAGUGGCAUGAACCCGCUGGUGGGCGAGUUUCUGCGCAACGCGGACGAGAGUGGUGGCCUGCUGAUCGGACAGAAACUGUUGCACAAGAGGGACUAG